UUUGCCCCCAAGAAGGCAGGUUACGGCACGUCAACAUCUUUGCGGAGCCUCACUUCUCAAUCGCAGACUUCGAAUCGCUCGCCCCCGCUAUUCUGACGAUGUCCUCCUCCACACCAAGCUCAUCCGGUCGCUCAUCGCCUGCGCCACGCUCCGAUGCCUCUUCGGCUACCAGCGCAGGAGCAGUGCCUAUUCCAGGCAACAGCAAAUCUGGCUCAUCGCAACAACAGCAGCAGCAGCAGCAGCAGCAAGGUGGCUCGCCCUUCGAAUCAGGAGCAUUCGGACAGCGAAGAGGCUCGGCGCCCGCUUCGGCAUUCUUGGCACCUCGUUUUUGGAACGCUGCGACAAGCACUGGUGGAGCGCCAGGUGGAAUCAUGAGCUACGCGCAUGGGGCGUAUGGUACGAGUCCUAAUUCAUCCGGUCAUCAUCAUCAUCACCACCACCAUCACCAACAAGCACCAGGCGCGACCUUCGAUGUGAAUGGUGUACCACGAAGGACGAGUUUCGGACACAGUCUGACGGGUGGUAGGCUGAGCGCCCUGGCUGCGCUAGGCAUGGCCCCUAUGCAAAGCCCACCGAUACAGUCAUCUGGACUGCCUCCAGCGACCAGCAAACCUCGUGGCACAGCCGCUUCGCCUGAACGAAAGAUGAGCAGCAGCAGCAGCAGCGCGACGGAAGUGUUGCCGCCGCUAAGUGCCAGCUCCACGCCCAUCUCUUCGCCCGCGCUCAAAUCUACAAAGAGCACGACGGACGUGCCUACGGCGAAUGCUGCCAAUAGGAGAAAAGAUCGCGUCUUUUUCUUGCCUGGUCCGGAUGGCUUGUGCGUAGAGAGCAGACGCAGAAGGCCUAGCGAGGCUUAGCAGCUUGCGAGCGCCCAAAUAGUCUUUUGGGUUGGUCUAUAUAUGACGCCUUUGACGAUGCUCAGGAACAUCGACGACGACUUGGCACCCGAGUGCUCAUGAUCAAAGGCGGCCGAGCGAGGCUCGCAUUACCGUCCUCAUCCUUCCUAGGAACACGACUCCUCUUUGCUGCUCUCUACCGCUUUCCAGCGCAGGGGUAAGGAGGAUGGCACGGCGCAGGAUGCCACAGCCCGUGUCCAGUCCAACCAACGCUCCCUCUAUCCAUUAGCGCCUUUCCCUUUUGUUCCCCUACUCACGACCAGCUCUGUACCCCUCAUUCGCGCUCUCUUUGCAUCACACACAAUGUCACCUUGUUUUCUCUCUGUCUCGCGUAGCGUGAGCG